AGCACCAUUUAUCACAAGUAGAAGAAGAUAAUAGUGUUGUCCUCGUUGAUCCUGCUCAAAGCGCGUUCGAGGAUGAGCUUAUCAUCCCAAGCACGAGCACUCUUUUUGGUCUUUCUGGGAACAUGGAGCCAGUGCUUGUCCUUGAUCAUCUACAGCUGGCCCUCAUCAAUAGGGUCCUCCAGUGGAGUCCUUGCAGAGGAGCUUCCAUCGAGUCCCCCAAGCAGCGCUCCUUCUGCAGGCAAGAAGAUUCGAACGGAGCUAAUAUUCACGGACGUCGCGCCGGAUGUUUCGGCUGCCCUCGAUCGUGCUGCGAUGUAUUUGCUGUUAUGCUUAUGAGUGUUGUGCCCUUCAUUUCUAUUUCUUCUAUGAAGAAUGUCGCUUCUUCAGACAGUAUUAGGCUCAAAUAAUUGCGGGCCUGGACUUGAGUGAUCAUGUCUUGUGCUUGUCUUUCAAACAAGUUCUAUCGUUUAGGCCUACGGGUUCCGAGUUCUUCUGCAUGCUGCAGAAGCGGCUGAUACUCCGCGUUGUAAAAGCGUACAGCACCACAAUUUCCUUUCGGAUAGAUUCGAGCUCGUCUUUCCAUUUCUAACCUUUGAAGUUCUCCAGCUCGUCUUUUUCGAUGGCCGUGGCUUACAGGGAAUGAAAACUCUCGAUCCGUAUAGCGGGGUGCGAAAUUUUGUGGCAAUGUAUCGUGAAGAGGGAGGGCCGUCUUUACGUGAACUUCAUCCAGAUGCGCAAUUCUUAGACAUUGGCGCAGCCACGAGUGUUGGAAAUGCCUUGUUGGAACAGAGCCGAGACAACGACAAGGCCGCUGCACCAAAGCCAGAAGAUGUCGCUGUGGAGGCAACGAAAGAGGGAAAAAAGGGACAAGAUGGUGAAACAGCAAGCACUGGUGCGGAAAAAACUACGCUCGCCUAUUAUGGCUUGGUGCUGAACCAUCUGACGAAAGUCCCACUUUUUCUCGAUAAACAAGCUCUGUUUUUUCAGGUGUUAAUCUAAAAAUUGCGUAUGAAAGUAAAAACUGCACUUACCACCAGCACCAUUGAUCAUUUCAUUCCCCCUUGUCUUCUCGUUUGUGCGCUAACUUCUUCCACCUGGACAUGUGCGUUUUUGCUUUCUGGGUCUCGGAGAUACGUCAGCACUCGUUCUUCAGCGCUUAAUGCUGGUCUUUCCCCAGUUUCACUUCGUCGUCAUAGAUUUGGACUUCGAUGUGGACUUUCUCAAAUAUCUGCAAUCAGGGUUCCCGAACACCGCACUUCAAGUGCACCACGAAGAUGAUACUCACAGCGAGGGAGGCAUUGAAGUUAAGUCGUAAUGGAUAAUAGAAAUUUACACGAUGUCGUGAUAGAAAACGAACGAAAUCAUAGCAACAACUUAGUUUACUGCAAGACCACACCCAAAGUGAGUCAGAUUGUCAAGGAUGACUCAUCCCUUGCUCGAUGCUUGACUUCAAUUCUUUUUUCUGUCCUCAACGAGUUCUUCUAACGUAGGCAAGUGUGAUGUUCUAGCUUUCGGCCGUGACACGCAUCGCUUUACUUUUCGAAAAUUGCAGCCGCUUGUCAAGGAUCCGACCGUCGUGCUGUGGCUGACGGACGGUUGCGGAAGGUUUAGUCUAGCUCCACCAGAAAUGAACGAUGCGGAUGCCAAUGAGAUCGCAGUGCAGCAGCAGUGUCAAUUUACCUAUAGCCAGUGGCGAAGUAGCAUGUGUGGAGAUCCGGAGGACUUGGUGAGAAAUCUUCAAGCAACUCCGCAAAACAUGGCAGCACUGAUGCAGAGCAGGUACGGCGCUUAUGGGCCUUGCUACACGCAUAAGAUGAAUCAGCACCGUGAGGAGUCCUUCGAAAUCGAAACGCCGAUCUGCGUCUGUGCUUUGAUGCCUGAACUGGUGAAUGUAUGAAAGGAUGAAACAUGAUACUUUUCUUUCCCAGUUUCUCAUAUGCUUAUAGUGCUACCUGUUAGUAAAAGUCAUAGUACCUUCGAGAAGAGGUUCGUUGUAGUAGCAUGGCUUGCACGAAUACCAAAUUAAACUUAACUUGGAUCAAGAGCAUCUUCUUUAUCUAGACUCUGCGGUAGAGCAUUUCCGUAGUUUUUUUCACCUUUUGGUUGAGUAUUAAUUGGAGCUUCAUUUUUCACCCUCCCCUGUCCAUAACCACCACCUGGUCAUGCGAAGAUUUCUACUACGAGCGUGCAAACUGCGAGGAGUUCAACUAUGAACAAACGGACACGCUUGUGGAGGAGGUCAAAAUUUAGGGAAAAUUAGGGGAUAUGCUGGCUCCCUAAUUUUUCCUAAAAUUCGUGUGUGGGUUUAUUAAGCGUGUCCGUGUGUUUCUAAUUCAAGAGUCCGACCUUGCCGCCAGGUCGUCGCGUCCUAAGUCGCAAUACGGAGAAUUGGUAUGAUCCGAAAAAAGACUGGUUUAUGGGCUUCGCACAGUGGAACCAAGACUGGUUUCUCUACCACAACUUCUUCCGUGACCGCAUCCUUCGACGGGAAAAGCAGCUGCGGCAAGCGCGAGAGCAGGGAAUACAGGGAGAGGAUGGGGUUUAUGUUCACGGAGUCAAGAGUGUUGAUGUUGAUCAUAACCUAGUUCGAGUAGCCACUUUCUUCGCUUUAGCCACAAAAAUUUGUAAUGAUUGUAAUUAUAUAUAGUUUUGUGUAUAAUCCUAACACGUGGCGAAGCAAGAGUUUGAAUUUAGAAUGGAAAGGAAGUAAGUACAAGUAGUAAUAUGUAGCUACAACAUGAUCAGGCAUGGUGCUGGAUACACCACACGAAAGAAUAGGCUUUGCAUUGGCACAAGCCAGCUCUAACCAACGGAACCCCCUGGCGUCUACAUCGACAUCGGUGCUAUGGGCGCAUUUGAGCUAUCGAAUACAGCGGUUUUUGACCAGUGUUUUGGUUGGCGCGGCAUCUGUGUCGAACCCAAUGCUGCGCAGCAUUACAUUCUGAGCGCGUACCGGAGUUGUGUUCUGGAGAAGCGCGCUGUUGGACGAGAGAGUGGCCGUGUGAAGCAGUUUGUUCUGGACUAUAGCGGCAGCGCUGGCCAUUUGCGAGAACGGGAUCUCGAUGAGAUAGCUGAUAUGGCGGCUGAGAAAUACGAAAGGGGCACCGGAGACGCGACGCGUUUCAUCAACUCAGCGUUUCUCGCUCACAGUGUCUCGCUUGAAGACUUACUCUCCACCGGAGGCGCGAACCGGGAUACGCCGAUCGACGUAAUCUCCAUCGACAUCGAAGGUGGUGAACUAGCGAUCCUAGAAGAUUUUCCGUUCGACAAGUUUCGAAUUCGUGUAUUCCUCAUCGAAUGUGAUGGCGCGAAUGUUUUUCGUUUAGACAUCCUGAUGCUUCAAGCGGCCUUCACGAAAACCGCGAUGAUCGGCAAAGAUCACGUCUACGUCAGCCGCGAGUUCAUGAAAGAAAUUGCAGUGGAAUUCUUCACCGGUCGAGGAACAAUCAACCCCUUCGAAACGGUCUAUCCGCCAUACAUCAUUAUGACGCAGUGCGAAAUCAAAAACUCAUCCUAUUCUGGAAUCUAAGCUUAGGUUAGUGCUAGUACAUGUAGUCCCUUUUUCUUCAUCGAUGAUCGUUGGAAUUAUGAUCACAAACAACGAAUACCGGAGAUUUGUUGUUUAUCAGACUUAGUAUCCAAGUUCCUUGUUUUCGAAAACACGUCUUCUACGCAGGUAGUUCGUACUACUUAAUCUCCCCUUUCAUUAGCGACAUCGAGCCGUACAACGAUACCUUCAGCGUUUUCCAGCGACGGUUUUUGGACGAAAAAUUUGGCGGAUGAUCAUGAACAAUGUGAAAAAUAUAAGCUGUGGAUGGACAUGAUGAUGAUACGGAUGGCACACCGAUGGUCAUCAUGGGUCAUCGGUCAGUGCAGCUACACCUAACACAUUUCUUGGAAAUAUAACGAUGACGCUCGAUGGUGAUGGAGGGUAAUGCACGAGUCCUUGAUGAUCCACUCCACCACUAACUCCAACUUCGUCAGAAAUGGGACUAGAGUCUUCAUUUUUUUUCUCGUUCAUACUCGGCACUUAGUCAGUGACUCCUACCACGCCAACGCAUAGGUAUAGAGAUAGGGACUCUGACCGACUCAACCAUCACGCUUGCGUCAGAUAAAAAUGUUGCAAUGGUUUGGUAGCGCGACAAGCAAAAGUAGAGAUGGA